AUGAGUAUAGGGGAACUUUCUCAACAGCGUCGUGCUAAUGUGGAGAUAGCGACUUUCGCCCAUCCCGGGCACAACGUGAGAAAACCGUUCACCCGAAAGUAUUCCCGGAGUCUCUGUCUAAUAGGGCCGUCAAGAAAGACUACCGAGAAAGAAAAAGGAAGUUCGCUUGAGUUUCGUCCGUCCCGGGCACAACCACCUAUGUUAAUGUUUUCGUUUGAAGACAUGGGGUGGUAUAAAGUCGACGGUGCUAGAAUGAUUGAUCGUCGUGAUGGCAUGAUCAGCUGUGGUGCUCAUGAGAAACAUUCGUUUAGUAGCAGUAAUAUCUAUUCGGAAGUAUUUGAAAUUGCGUUUGUUACCAUUAGAGCUCUUAUG